UCCUAUUUUUUUCCCUAUUUUUUAACACUCCAAAUUCCAAUAUGUGAUAUUCUAUUAUUUUAUUUCUGUUAAAUUAAUUCGUCGUCGACCUAAGCACUUUAAAACCCUCAGAACAGUUCCUUCUCAUCAAUGGUGUUGGAUUUUCUCAAAAUUAAAUUCAAAUCAAUAUUCACGUUUAUUGUGUAGCAGACUCAGAAAAACCCUAAAUCAAUAUCCUAAAAUCUUCUCAUUUUUUCCCUUCUCACCUCUCAAGCGAAGCACCUGCUCUGCUCAUAACACUAUCUACGUCUUUCUCUCAGCGCCGUGGCUGCUCCAACCUCGAAGGCAAUCGACUUAAGCCAUUAUCCAUGGUUGCUGGUGGAUUAAUUGUUAGUCGUGUUUCCGAGUAAUCAUCCAAGGUAUUAUUAAGUUUAGGUGGUUUUCCCAGUAAAUCAAGCAGGGGUUUAUCAUUAUUGUGAUGUAAUGGCACUUGGGUUUAUCUCAAAUCUGCGUAAUCUUUGGCCCUUUAAGGUGCUUAAACACGAUGAUUUAAGAGUCUCUUGUGAUUUAGUUCGCAAGCUUCCAAUUCCUGAGCGGACUAAGCAAUUCGUUUAUGCAAUUUGGGAGCCAGAAACUCAAUCGGUGAUAUACGUACUUUCUACUCAAAGUUUAUCUGAGCAGUCAGCAUUGGAUGUUAAGUGUUUGAUUAGGGAGAUUAAGCCUGAUGCUGUAGUUGCUCAAGUGGGUGUUUCUCAUGGUGCUGAAAUACUUGCACAAGAGAGUGAAUUGGAUCAGUGUGUUGAGAACCCACUUCCUACCUCAUCGUUUGAAGUUUUAAGACGAUGUUUUGUGGAAAAAGUUAGUAAGGAGAAGUACGAGGAUGUUGCUGGUAGUUUAGUUUUACGAGAGGUUUUUGGUGUUAGUUUUCAUGGACAUCUUUUGGCAGCCAAAAAGGCGGCUCGGGAGGUGGGGUCUUCAUUCUUGGUGAUAGAAUUGCCAUGUUUAUCACUCGCUGGCAAUGGUACACCGGGUGAAACCGAUGUAUUGAACAAGUUUCAGGGUUUAGUUAGUAGUUUGGUUCCUCAGAAGGCUUUUAGUUCAGUUGCUACAUUGAGCUCAAGGAGGUUUCUCUUGACCAAUGAUAUUCAGUCGCAAAUGGUGAAGGUUUUAUCACCAGUUAUGGAGAUGUCAAUAUCAAGGUUAAGUCCAUCAAGUUCUGCACCCAAAAUGGGAUUGGGGGAAACUCAGCCUCAAGAUAGUUAUGAGGCUCCAUCAUUUGCUCAGUCCAUUUAUCCACUGCUUGUUGAUUUGCAUAAUAUAUUUGCAGAUCUCCCAUCCAUUGGAAGGGCUCUUGCUCAUGCUCAAAAGAUGCUAUAUGAUGUAAACAAAGGGGAAGCUGUUGAUGGAAAAGUCAUGUCUGAGGUUUACACCUUCCGAAUUGCAGUUGAGGGGCUGAGAAUUGCUCUGAACAAUGCUGCUAGACUGCCUCUCAACAAAAUAGGGGAUCCCAGCUCAGUUAAGGCCGAGUUCUCUGAUCUUUCUCUUCAGGAAAAAUCUCAAGUACUUCUUGCACACGCCCUCCAAUCCCAGACUAAGAAGUUCAAGACCAUAGUUGCAGUGGUGGAUGCCAGUAGCUUAGCGGGUCUAAGAAAGCACUGGAACCAUCCAGUUCCUCCAGAAGUCAAGGAUAUGAUUGGACAGCUUUGUAUAGGUGAUGAAGGUGAUGAGGAAAUGCCAAAUCAGACAGACAAGAAACUUUUGAUAACUAAUAAACCUGUGGUAGCUGUAGGAGCAGGGGCUACAGCAGCUCUGGGAGUUUCAUCGCUUUCUAAAGUUGUCCCUGCAUCAACCUUCAUGAAGGUUAUAACCAUGAAUGUCCCUGCAUCACUUAAAAUCAUUUUGACUCAAACACAGAAGGCAUUGGCGCUUGUCCUUGGCAAAACUCUUGGUCCAACAAAAGUUGUUGCUCCAAGUUUUGCCGGUUCUGGAUUCAAAACAACAUCACUUUUCAAAGCCACAGCUUCUGCUGAGAAGAUCAGGGCAGUUGCCCACGGUGUUAUAGCCUCAGCUGAGAAAACUAGCCUCUCAGCCAUGAGAACAGCUUUUUAUGAAAUAAUGAGAAAGCGCCAGGUUCGGCCAAUCGGUUUUCUACCAUGGGCAACUUUUGGGUGUAGUGUCGCAACGUGCACAGGAUUGCUUGCUUAUGGAGAUGGGAUUGAGUGUGCUGCCGAAUCUGCACCUGCUGCCCCAUCAAUCGCAAGUUUGGGUCGUGGAGUUGAGAGAUUGCAAGAGAUAUCUCAGCAGGUGAGGCAAACAGAUAGCAGUAGAAUACAAAAGUCUAUAGAAUCAUUAAUGGUUAGAUUAAAGAAAACAAGAUUUCAAUAAAGUAAGAAAUGUUAUUCUUUCUCUUUCAAUGAUCAUUUGCAAGUUUGUACAGUGAUUUUUGAUCAAGUAAGAGAGUUCAUAAAUUAAAAUUGUUCAUAGAGUUAUAGGAGUCUGUUAUUUGCAUUAUAAUUCUUAAAUUUGCUUUUCAGAAUAAUACGAAGUCUGUUCACCAUCUUGUCAUUGAUUGUAAUUAGUAAGUACUAUGCUGGUGUUGCAUAAAUCAAAUAUUGGAUUAUUUUCUAUCA